AUGAGGGAUGUUUGCUCAUCUACGAAUGGAGGGAAAGGAGAACUUCGAAGUGGUUUCUCGGGAUACAAUUUCACGCGCGGAGACGUUUCGAGCAUCUUUUCACCAUGUGAUAACCUCUAUGUGAAGCCAUGUCCUGCGCGCAUAUUCCUGGAGGCCAUAAUAUCGCGGAUGCCAGCUUCUACGUCCUGUCAAUGUGUCAUCAGACAGUACCUUGUAUCCAUACUUCUUGUCGUCAAGCUUGUAACUCUUAUCAAGCACCACUGCAUACACGUCCCCGCCCACCGCGUCAGUCAGGCUCACGAGCCAUUCGCGCACUUGAGAAGGGUCCGGCUUCGAGUAGUUUUCGGGCUCUACGUCGGCCAGGUAUAUGUUUUGCAGAUGGUAGUGAGCACGAGCGAGCUGCUCAAUCAAAAUCGCGCGCUGCAGUUCACGGUCGAAUCUGGUUUUGAGGGCAUCGAUUUGGUUCUGGAGCUGGCGAUUUCCUUCUUCGGCUUUCCGAAGGCGUUCUUGCAGUGCUUUGAUCUCUUCAUCCUUGGUGAGCUCGGUGGAGGGCUUGAUGAUCGCGUAGAUUUGGGCAAGUUGGCGCAGUUGAUGAGCUAUUGGCCUUUGAGUGGAUCAAGGUAUGGCCGAAAAGUUGGCCGUAUAGCUCUAGCAUCAGCAGAUCAGCUAAUCUUUCAAUGCUUGCAGCUCACGUCAGAGCAAAUCAAGGACACUGAGCAGGCCGGGGCCAGCUAUGUUGACCUUGUCUGGCAAGCGUUAUUCCGGCCUUGUCGGAGGCAGCCCGGCGGCUACCAGGCCUGA